AUGGAAGCUGUGCGCGGCAUUAACAUUCCAAUGUACACCACUCUCAGAAGAACUACUGUCGCAUUCACAAUGAUUAUGGAGUAUUUUCUAUCCGGGAAGAAACAUUCAAUCUGUGUUCUUUUAAGUGUUGGGAUAAUCAUAGCUGGUGCUUUGGUUGCUGGAGCAAGAGACUUAUCAUUUGAUGCUUAUGCCUACUCAGUUGUUUUCAUAGAAAACAUGUGCAAAGCAGUGUACCUUGCUUCCAUCUCUCGUGUUGGUAAAGCUAGUGGUCUUAAUAUAUUUGGUCUUGUAUGGAGCAAUGUGCUGAUUUGUGGACCAAUAUUGUUUUUUUGGUCCCUGCUUAGAGGUGACCUACAAUCAACACUCAACUUCACAUACUUGCUCUACCCUGGAUUUCAGGUUGUGAUGGUUCUGUCAUGUGCUUUUACUUUCUUUAUAAACUACAUUGUAGUUUUGAAUACAACUGUCAACUCAGCACUUACACAAGCAAUAUGUGGUAAUUUAAAGGAUGUUUUUACUAGUGGGUUUGGAUGGAUGUUAUUUGGAGGACUUCCAUAUGAUUUGUUCAAUGUUCUUGGCCAAUCACUUGGCUUCUUUGGGUCCUGUUUGUAUGCCUAUUGUAAGCUCCAAGGAAAAUGA